UGCGUGUGUCUGCGUGUGCGUGAGUAUGUCGGGGCCGCGCGCGCUGAGGACGCUGAGGGAGGCGCGUGCUCGUGUCACAUUCUUCAGAUGAUCCGCUAAUCGGCAGAAACACAGACAGACGAGCGGCGAGAGACAGACAGCAGCGGGCACGAGAAUGCUGGCUGAAGAUGGACGUUCCUGAAUACCUGGAUCUGGACGAGAUUGACUUCACUGAUGAUUUACCUUUCAAGAGCAUCCCUGAGCUGUGCCGAAGACACGAUGGAGCGAACGACGAGAGACAAGCUCCGUCCAUCAGCUGGGCUCGUAGUGCGGCGUCACACGGAGCGGGAAUCAAGCCCACGGGCAUCGCUGAUGUCUACAGCAAGCUCCGGCCGGUCAAGCGCGUGUCUCCUCUCAAACACCAGCCGCAGGAGACCGAGCCGGAGAGCGAGGGGAAGAGCGGCGAGCUGACCGCAGAGAUCAGCAAAGACAAGAGCAGAGACCUGCUGAUGUUGGGAGAGCUGGAGCACUACGACCUGGACAUGGACGAGAUCCUGGACGUGCCGUACAUCAAGUCCGGUCAGCAGACGUCCAGCCUGCCGCGAGAGAAGAGGAGCGCGCUCACACACUCCGAGAGCAUGAGCCACGGGACACACUUCUGUGUGCUCUCUCCCGUCAGCUGGCCACACAUCAGGAAGUCCAAGUCUGUGGAUCAGGACUAUCUCAGGACACAGAGCGCUCACGGAUCAGAGCCGGACCUCAACCAACCCGACAUGCUCCCUCUUCAGCCGGCCAAAGCCCCGAAGCAGGACAAACCCUGGAGGACGUUUGGAGAAGCUGAUGAAGAAGCCAAGAAGACACAGAACAUCCUGAACAUCGUGAGAGAAGGACAGAUCUCUCUGCUGCCUCAUUUAGCGGCGGAGAACCUGGAGCGCAUCCGAGACGAGGACGAGAACAACCUGCUGCACGUGUCUGCGGCUCAGGGUCACACCGACUGUCUGCAGCACCUGACCUCACUGAUGGGAGAAGACUGUCUGACCGAGAGGAACACACAGCAGCUGACGCCCGCUGGCCUCGCUGUCAGGAACGGUCAUCUGGAGUGUGUGCGCUGGAUGGUGAGUGAAACCGAAGCCAUCGCCGAGCUCAGCUGCACUCGUGAGCAUCCCAGCCUCAUCCACUACGCCGCGAGACACGGACAGGAGCGUGUGCUGCUGUGGCUGCUGCAGUUCAUGCAGGAGCAGGGCAUCUCUCUGGACGAGGCGGAUCAGAACGGGAACACGGCGGUGCAUGUGGCGGCUCAGUUCGGACAUCUCAGCUGCAUUCAGACUCUGGUGGAGUACGGCUCGAAUGUGACAGUGCAGAACGAGCAGGGCGAGCGAGCGUCCCAGAAUGCCGAGCGGCAGGGUCACAGCACCUGCUCCAGGUACCUGGUGGUGGUGGAGACCUGCAUGUCUCUGGCCUCGCAGGUGGUCAAACUGACCAAACAGCUGCAGGAACAGUCGACGGCUCGAGUCGCUCUUCAGAACCAGCUCCAGCCGCUGCAGACCCACAGACCGCCGUCACCCAGCUCAUGGACUGAGAUGAAUCUCACGGAUGAAGCGGCUUCUGAUGGAAAAGAGGCGGAGCCAGGGGCGGGGCCUGGAGCUGGACCAAUGAAACGGCUGGGCCCGGGUGAGAGGCGGGAACUGAAGCAGAUCAUGCAGCGUUCGCUCAGCGAAUCAGACGGAGACGCUGUGUAUCCUGCGGACGAGUCCAAGCAGCCCAGACCCGAGCGGCCCACACAGCUGCCCAUCAAGCUCAACGUCUCCUUCACACACAGGACUUCCAGAACCGUGAACGUUUACAACCCGUCUCCGUCGUCAGACCAGAGCGACCCAGAAACCAAGACGGAGUUGACGGGAGAGAUCCCCGACGGACAGAAGCUCACCACGAGUCCCAAAAGCGCCCUCAAGUCUCCGUCCUCUCGCAGAAAGACCUCGCAGAGCCUCAGACUGAGAGUCACGUUUGACGAGCCGCCGCGGAAAGAUGGACCUGCACCCGACGCCAGAGUCCAGCCCGGAAAAGACAAGCCGGAGUCGAGCAGAUGGGCGUUCGGGACGCUCCGAUCCUUCAUGGAAACCCUCAGCGGAAACCAGAACAACAACAACAACAGCGCUGCCAAACACGCCGGGACGUCCGGAAAGAAGAGCAAGAGCAAGACAAGCUCUGUUUAA